GCUCCUUCACCACCAGCGCUGCCCUCAACAACCUCAACAUCAUCUGGAUGGUGAUACCGCUGUCCAACGCCAACCAGCCAGAACAGGUGAUCAUUUACCAGGGCGGUCAGGUGUUCAGCCUCGCCAACCACCUCAAUGGCCGUGUGGGCUUCGUGGCCACCAUGCCAAGUACAAGUGCCUCCAUCUUCAUCAACAACACCCAGCUGUCCGACACUGGGACCUACCAGUGCCUGGUCAACAACCUCCCAGACAGAGGGGGGCGCAACAUCGGCGUCAUUGGGCUCACUGUGUUGGUGCCCCCAUCUGUGCCAGCAUGUCGAAUCCAGGGCACGCUGGAUGUAGGCAGUGACAUCAUGCUGCUCUGCAGCUCAGAGGAAGGUAUUCCCACGCCAUCGUACUCCUGGGAGAAGCUGGACGCGCUGCCCAGGCUGCCGCACAACGCCAUGCAAGACCAGAUGCAGGGGACUGUCACACUGAGAAACAUCAGCACCAGCACCUCAGGACUCUACCAGUGUACCUCCAGCAACGCGAUAGGCAAGAGCACCUGUCUGCUCAACCUGCAGGUUGUAGCACCUCAGCCUCAGAGCGUGGGUCUGAUAGCAGGGACCAUUGCUACAGGGGUCCUGGCAGUCAUCAUCUGUUCCCUCUUAGUGGUGGUCACACUCUUCUACUGGAAGAACAAGAACAAAUACGAUGAAGAGGAGGUCCCCAACGAGAUCAGAGAAGAUGACCUUCCCCCGAAGAGGUCUUCAUCAGUGAAGGCUUUCCACGCAGAUGCGUCCUCCUCAGAGAACGACACGUUGACAUCGACCAACACGUACAACAGUCGCUACUGGCACAACCCUAAAACCAACUACGACACCAACUCCUACACUCGCUACAAUGGAGACACACGCCAGACCUUCUCCACUGCUGCCCAUGGCCCCACGGCGGCAACGACGGCAUCGUUUGCCAACGGCAGCCACACACUCCCGCCACCCAAGACUCUGGUGGUCACGACAAACUCGGCCCCGUCCCCUCCCGCCAUGGUGCGCAGCAACGGCUCAGUGAGCCUCAAACCGGUGGUGGCGUCCACGCACGGGCAGCACACACACUCCUACGCCGUGAGUCAGGCCACGCUGGAGCGGAUGGGGGCGGUGCCGGUCAUGGUGCCCGCCCAGAGCAGAGCGGGAUCGCUGGUGUAA